CUGCAUACACCGAACUAAUGAUUCGAUGCUGGGAUUCUGAUCCAAAAAUGCGACCCACUGGACUAGAAAUUGCUAACAGUAUCAUUCAUUUAUGGGGAAUGGCACUUGAUUAUACGGGUAAACUCCUCAAAGACGGAGAAGGAACAACGAAAAUUCCAAGUAUAGAGAAAAUUAGUGAAUAUUUUGCUGAUGCUAAAAAUGAAGAAAUCGAAAAUUUCUUUUUAGAUGAUCUUUUUAGACUUUUAAAUACACCUUCGGAAAAUAAUGAAAAGUCAGCACGAUUCCCAAAAGA